AUGGAAGAGACCGGUGCCUUCAUCUGCGGUGGUUGCUGUGCCGCCAUUGCAGCGCAGAUCCAAUAUGUCUUCUGCGGCACUCGCCAAUAUGGAGCCGACGCAUCCUGCUGUGACAAUUGUUGUCGAUUCAAUUGCGGAUGGAAGAACGAUGCACCGCUUCCAGUGGAAGACUACCCUAUCGCCAACAGUGAACCUCAAGAUCGAACGCAGACGGUGGAUGGGGAAGGCUUGAAGGGAGUCGAUGCAUCGGCCCCGGCGUAUGAGGCUACUCCGCAGAUGUCGGCUGUUCCUCCUUCGACGCACGUAACGUCGGCGCCAGCAGAGUCGGCGGAUGUCAAGGCUACUACCGGUUAG